AUGGAUGCCAAGAGGGCAAGGUCUUAUGAAGGUGGUACUUAUAAUGGUAGAUGUGAAAUUCAAGACAAACCUAAGUUCAAAAAGAGGUUCUCAAACCAAGUUCCUUAUAAAUUCACCAAGGCUCGUAAUUAUAGGGUGGCUAAACGUAGGUCCCAAAAGGAAAGAGGUGGUGAUUCACCAAGUGGGAAACAUAUUUGUACCAAGUGUGGCAAGAAGCAUGUGGGUGAAUGUCUUGUUGGGACGGAUAAUUGUUCUGCUUGUAGAAAGAGUGGAAAUAAAGUGAGAGAUUGUCCUAUGGUAACGGGUCAAAUGAAGGGUAAUAGUCAAGCUCAAGAAAGUGGUCCUUAUUCUGCUGCUCCUAAGAAGAACUGCUUCUAUGCUCUCCACUCUAGGAGUGAUCAAGAGGAUUCUCGCGAUGUUGUCACCGGUAUGUCGCAAGUCUUUUCCAUUAAUGUCUAA